UCGAACCGCGGUCACAAGUUCAGCGCACAAGUCUUGGACUUUCCGCACGAGUUUUUUUAUUAUAUAUAUAUAUAUUUUUUUUUUUUUGGCCAAUACAAUUAUCCGAAACGUUUUCCACGUCCGGACGACCAGUUUUGGCAGAAUCGUUUUGCGCCAACAACCGGAUAUGAUCUAGUCUGGCGACCAGAGAGACAGCGGUUUUCCUCGCCGAAAUUUUGCUAAAAUUUACCAUUUUGAUGACCGAACUUGUUGGCAAUACGGAAAUCGGACUUUGAAAUGGUCCAAUGGUUGAUUUGGUUGUGCUACUUGGUAGCUUUGUGCCAUGGACUUGCGUUACGCCAUGCCAGACAUCAAAGUUCUGGCUCGCCAACGGCAGAAGACAUAUUAGAACCUCAAAUUAUCAGUCAUGAUCCUGAUCGCGUUUUUAGACAACGGGCAUCGGAUAUGUUUGCUCAAGAACCCGAAUAUACCGAAAAACGAAACAUAAACCACAGACAAAGCCGGUCUGAGUUCGAAAAUGAUCGUGAAAAUGCGUUUAAGCCAAAUGGAAACGGUUAUGAUUCAUUUCAAACCGACGACCCGUUGAUUAUCCGUACAACCAAGGGCAAGAUCAGAGGAAUCACACAAGCAGCAUCAACUGGAAAGUUGGUCGACGCGUGGCUAGGCAUACCUUAUGCACAAAAACCAUUGGGAAAUCUCAGAUUUAGACAUCCCCGUCCUAUUGAUCGAUGGGAUAACACACAGCCGGAGACUAUUAUGAACUGUACUGAACCUCCUAACACGUGUGUUCAAAUCUUUGACACGGUAUUCGGUGAUUUCCCAGGGUCGACAAUGUGGAAUCCCAACUCUCCCGUGUCCGAAGAUUGUCUUUACAUUAACGUGGUCGUACCAAAGCCUAGACCACAAAACGCAGCUGUAAUGGUUUGGAUAUUCGGAGGAGGGUUUUAUUCAGGGUCUGCUACUUUAGACAUUUACGAUCCCAAAAUAAUGGUGUCCGAAGAAAACGUUAUUAUAGUGUCGAUGCAGUACAGACUUGCGUCGUUAGGAUUUCUCUACUUCGAUACCGAAGACGUGCCCGGAAACGCUGGUCUGUUUGAUCAAUUGAUGGCCUUGCAAUGGGUCCACGACAACAUCAAGUUCUUUGGCGGAAAUCCAAAUAAUAUCACUAUUUUUGGCGAAUCCGCGGGCGCUGUUUCCGCUUCGCUGCACCUUCUGUCGCCGUUGAGCAGGAACCUUUUCAAUCAGGCAAUUAUGGAAUCUGGGUCGUCGACAGCGCCUUGGGCAAUUUUGUCUAGGGAAGAGAGCUUCAAAAGAGGACUUCACCUCGCAGAGAGAAUGGGCUGUCCGCACGACAGAAAGAACAUUGGAAAAACUAUAGAGUGUUUGAGACAAGCAAACAGUUCGGCAAUAGUGGAAAAAGAAUGGGACGAAAUGGGCAUUUGUCAGUUUCCAUUUGUCCCAGUCGUCGACGGUGCUUUUCUCGACGAUUACCCACAGAAAUCGCUGGCAACCAACAACUACAAGAAAACAAAUAUACUGAUGGGUAGCAAUUCCGAAGAGGGUUAUUAUUGGAUCAUUUAUUACUUGACAGAGUUGUUUAAAAAAGAGGAAAACGUACUAGUGUCUCGUGAAGACUUCAUUAAAGCUUUGGGGAAAAUCAACCCACACGCAGACGCGGCGGUUAAAGCCGCCAUAGAGUUCGAAUACACCGACUGGUUGAAUCCCAAUGAUCCGAUAAAAAACCGAAACGCUCUCGAUAAAAUGGUCGGAGACUAUCAAUUUACAUGCAACGUUAACGAAUUUGCACAAUCGUAUGCCGCAGCUGGCAACAACGUGUACAUGUACUACUUUAAACACCGUUCGUUGAAUAAUCCAUGGCCGAAGUGGACAGGCGUAAUGCAUGGGGAUGAAAUCAGCUAUGUGUUUGGAGAUCCGUUAAAUCCAUCCAAAGGUUAUGAAGUUGAAGAAAUUGAACUUAGCAAAAAAAUAAUGAGAUACUGGACCAAUUUCGCAAAGACGGGAAAUCCGAGCAAGACAAUUGACGGCUCGUGGGUAAUUCCAAAAUGGCCAAUCCACACGGCUUACGGAAAAGAGUUUUUGACAUUGGACACCAAUAACACUUCUACCGGCGUCGGACCUCGAUUGGAACAAUGCGCAUUUUGGAAAAACUACGUUCCCGACAUUACAUCGAUUUCAAAGAGUAUGAAGGCUGAUAGGAAUUGUACUAUGAGCGGAGGGACCAAAUUGUACAUGACGAAGUUGUCGAUGGGGAUUUUCAUUAUGACCACUGCUGCUUUCAUGCUGUGAAUUUCUUUUUGUUUUGUUUGAAGAUUAUUACCGAUAUUAUUUAUAAUAUUAUUGUUGACGAAAUAACUAUUUAAAGAAAAAAAAAAAAAAAAAGUUUGGUGCCUGUCGUAAGACGCAGCUUGUUAACAUACAGUAUCAUUGACCGGGUAACUGGUAGUAACCAGAGUAUAAUAAUAUAACUGAUAGGUCUAUGUUCAGUAUAGGUUAAAAGUUGGGCUUCCAGCAGAAACGUAUGCGCGCAACAAAAGAAAUAUUAUAAUAAAAUAGUAAUAAAAAAAAACAUAUAAACUUAUAUUAUUAUAUAUAAAUACAUAUUUAUUUUCUUCUAAAAAUUAUUUCUAGAUCUGUAUUACUGUAAUGUAAUAAUAUUAUUAUACUAUUUAUAUUAUAUACGGCAAUAUUGCGCUAGUUCUUCUCGAGCGACGUUGGCUAUAUUUUCUCACACCGUACUUAGGCUUAACAAUUUUGUACCAUGUAAAUAAAAUAUGACAUACAAAUUAUUAUUAUUAUUAUUACUAUUAUUGUUUAAACGAAUCCUAAAAUACACACAAGGAGUAUAAUAUAAUAUAACGAUAUAUUUAUAUAUUAUAUUAUAUUUAUACACUGGUGUAUGACAUAUCAUUUCGUACCUUACGAUAAAUACUGUGUAGAUUUUAGCGAGUUGGUUAUCAAAUAUGUAAUAAUAUAUAUUAAAGCCAAAUUAUAAUAUUAUAAUAAAAUUAAAAUAAACACCUGCCACCUUAAAAAAAUCCUUAUUUUAUGUCGUGGUCCGUAUUAAUUGCAUCGUAUUCUUAUUUUAA